CGGAGAAGCGCCGCGGGAGCUGUCGUCAACGUCGCACGGUGGGACCGGAUGCUGGCGUCGUGGCUCUGGUCGCGGCUUGCGCAGCGCAGGUCCACUUUCCGAUUCACCGCGCAGACACCCGAUCGACAUGGUUGUGUACUACGCUAAGAAGCACUCGCUCCUUCAUAUGCUGAAGCUCCAAGCAUCGUCCUACGUGGCCAUGGAUGUCCAAGCAGCGUCGAUUGCGUUCCUGAAUGACCACACCGUGUACGGCAUGGACCAGAUCUUGGACGCUACGUGGUCCACGCACCGCACUGUGACGAUGCGCCUCGCCACCCGUGAUGGCCAAGUGACCAAGCAAAAGUUCCUCUUCGACUGCCAAGCAGACCUCUUCUUUUUCCUCGUCGAGCUCGGCAUGGAACCGAGUCAGUUUGGCGGGACCGUGCAACGAGGAUCAUUUAAACGACGUUCCAUUUGCAACCCGAUCGCAGAGAAAGGGUUUCGCAAGAGCUACACGUCACGAACACCCACACGAUGCUCCCGCAAAAGCGCCGCCAAGAGCGAUUUUUAUUGACGCCAAGCCCGAUUUGACCAUGCUAUUUAGACGUAUUUAAGCUCAGAAUGGUACUGCGCGUGACGCAACCUCCACGAACACCAUGGUGCUCGAACGACUCUUUCAUCGAUCCUCCC